GCUGACAGGAGGGAGACCUGUGCUGUUUACACACAGAUCUUUCCCCGCUCACCUUCGUUGGCGAUCACCAAGUCCCGGCCAGAAAUCGUCAGCUGGGACCCGGUGAUUGACAUCUUCAGGAGGCAAUAGCAGUGCGGGAAGGGCAGUGUGCACAUUCCCUGCCUGGAAAUGCAGUCACGUAUAUUUUCAUUGAGAAGUACUGAGUGAGCUGUGAUUGGUCACAGCUUGUCACAUGGUACAAGACUGUUGUGAAUAGCCUUGUACCAUGUGACCUCUGAUCAUUCACAGAUUUCACACGUA